AUGCCACAACUUAACCCCGCACCUUGAUUUGCUAUCCUAGUCUUCUCCUGAUUAAUUUUCCUAACAGUCAUUCCCCCAAAAGUUCUAGCACACACUUUCCCAAACGACCCCACACUCCAAAGCACAGAAAAACCCAAAACAGAGCCCUGAAAUUGACCGUGAUACUAA